AUGUCAUCGGUCUCAAAUCCCUCUGACAAGAGGAAAAUCCCUCGAUUCAUCAUCAUUGGAGCCGGGUCUCGAGGGAAUGCCUACGCGCGGGCCGUAAAAACAAGUACCUCUGGUGUGAUUCAUGCCGUGGCCGAGCCCCAUGACUUCAAACGACGUGCAUUCGGCCAGAAAUUCAUCUGGGGCGUUGGAAAUGCCCUCGAGGAAGGCCAGGAAUUUGCUGAUUGGAGACACUGGCUUCAGUGGGAAACCGAGCGACGCCAGAAAGCCAACUUGGAUGGUCACGAGAGAGCUGAGUCUGUUGAGUCUGUGACGGAACCAAAGGGCGUGGAUGGUGUGUUCAUCUGCACAUUAGACGAGACCCAUGCCGAAAUCAUUCAAGCAAUUGCGCCGCUGCAGCUUCAUAUUCUUUGUGAGAAGCCUCUUGCUCUAUCCUUGCAUGAUUGUCUGGCUGUGUAUCGCACGCUUCAACCGCCAAGGCUACAACGGAAUUCCACGGCGGAUCAUCAGGACCAACAACCCGAUCCUCCAAAGACCAUCUUCUCCAUCGGCCAUGUUCUUCGCUACAGUCCACAUAACACCCUUCUUCGAAAGCUGCUCCUCGCAGACCGAGUUAUCGGUGACGUGGUCUCGCUGGAACACACCGAGCCCGUCGGCUGGUGGCACUUUGCACACAGCUACGUACGUGGGAAUUGGCGUCGCAGCACACCUUUGGGGGAUGGCUCCCUCCUGACCAAAUCCUGCCAUGACAUCGAUUUCAUUCUCUGGCUUCUCUGUUCCCCAACAUCUCUGGAAGACGCACGAACAUCGGGUCAGAGACCUCAUUUCCCGCGAUCCAUCUCCUCGGCGGGCUCCUUGACGCAGUUCCGCCGGGCGAGAAAGCCUUCGGCUGCGGGGGCCGCGACUACAAAUUGUCUCUCUUGUCCGAUUGAACGGGAGUGCAAUUACAGCGCGGUCAAGAUCUAUCAUGAUCGGCACUUGGCCCAAGGCCAUCGCGCCUGGCCUGUUCACAUUGUCUGUCCGGACAUCGAGGAGGUGUAUCAGACUCAAGGCCAGGACGCCGCGGGAGAGCACUUACUCGCGCGUCUACAAGAGGAUUAUCAAGUAGGCGUCCACGCCGACGAAGACAUCGCUACGAGACCCUGGUACGGUCGGUGUGUAUACGAGGCCGACAACACCGUCUGUGACGAUCAAGUGGUGACUCUGAAAUGGGACGACGAGCAGAUUGCGCCACGGCGAUUGGCCAAAACCGCGACCUUUCAUAUGAUCGCCCCCACGGAGAGUCAAUGUGAGCGACGCGGCCGGGUGUAUGGAACACUCGGGGAGAUCGAAUAUGACAGUCGAUCCAUCUCCAUUUUUGAUUUUGCGUCGAGGACAAAGUCCGUCGUGGAGGUUCCGCGUCCGCCGCCGGAGAGGGCCGAGUCGCAUGGAGGCGGUGACUUUGGUUUAGCUGGACAGUUUGUUCGUGCGGUGGAUGCAGUGAUCAAUGGGGCUCUGGAUGUGGAGACUGCGCAGGCGCGGUUCAUCGGGUGCACCUUGGAAGAAGCCGUUCAGAGCCACGCCAUGGUGUUUGCGGCGGAGGAAGCGAGACGAGAGGAGCGCGUGGUCCAAUGGAAUGAUUGGUGGCAGGCCAAGUUGAAGGAGACCACGGAUCCCUCCGGCUAA